AACUAUUAUUUAACGUUAAAUAUUCUUGGCGGUUUGGUUCUGAAACUAUGAUUCUCUUUUAGAUUUUGGUUUUCUCGAUUUCUGACCAAAAACUAGAAGAGAAUAUGUGAGCCUGAGAAAAAAAUUUCAAUUUCUUCUCCCAUUUUAUUGCUAUCUUUUAUGUUUGAUUUGCUGGGGUUUCAGCAAAUUUAUGUAUGUUCUUUAACUUUUUCUUCUUUUAUCUGCCUAUCUUUAUCUGUGUUUGAAUCUUGAUCAAUUUAUGUUCUUUGAUCAUUUGUUGUUAGAAUCCAAAUACGUGAGCAAGAGAAAAAGAUUUGGGAAAUAAGUAAAGAUUGGAUUUUUAUGGGAAAUAUCUAAAGAUUUGGUUGAGGGGAUCAAUGAAUUGUAGCAUAUGAGCUAAAAAAUACAAUCUUGGUGAAUUGGGUUUGUUAUUUGUGGGAAGCUUUGUUAGAUUUUCUUGUAUGUAUUGACAUUAGAUGAUUUAAAUGGAGUCACGUGGUUAGUGAGGAUUCAUAUAGCUGACUUCGAAUUGUUUAGGACAGAGGCGUAGUUGUUGUUGUUGUUAUAAGAGAAUGAGUACUAUGGGGAGGAUAGGUAGUUACAUAGGUAGAGGGGUACGUAGUGUUUCUGGGACGUUAAAUCCGUUUGGUGGUGCUGUGGAUAUCAUUGUGGUGAGGCAGCCAGAUGGGAGUUUGAAAUCAACUCCUUGGUAUGUUCGAUUUGGGAAGAUUCAGGGGGUUUUGAAGGCUAGAGAAAAUGCGGUUAAUGUAAGCAUCAAUGGCGUUGAAGCUGGUUUUCGUAUGAAUUUAGAUAAUAGAGGGCAGGCAUACUUCCUAAGGGAGCGGGACAUGGAAAAUGUUUAUUCUUUAACAACUCGAACAUCUGAACAACUUGCAACAUUGAAUCUGAAGGAGGGAAAGAAUGUGGUUGCAUUCACGUGCUCGAAACAGCAGGUUGAUGCACGUAUAUAUUUGUGGAGAUGGGACGCAAAUAUUGUAAUCUCGGAUGUUGAUGGAACAAUUACUAGAUCUGAUGUUCUAGGACAGUUCAUGCCUUUGGUGGGGAGGGAUUGGUCACAGACAGGUGUUGCACAUCUCUUAUCAGCUAUCAAGGAGAACGGCUAUCAAUUGCUUUUCUUGAGUGCACGUUCUAUUUCACAGGCCUAUCUAACUAGACAAUUCCUGUUUAAUCUUAUGCAGGAUGGAAAGGGAUUACCGGAAGGACCAGUUGUCACAUCUCCUGAUGGGCUUUUUCUUUCUCUAUAUAGAGAAGUGGUUAAAAGAGCUCCCCAGGAAUUCAAAAUUGCUUGCUUACAGGAAAUCAAGGCAUUGUUCCCUUAUGAUAGGAAUCCUUUUUAUGCUGGUUUUGGGAACAGGGACACUGACGAAAUCUGCUACCUCAAGGUUGAAAUACCUGAAGGAAAAAUCUUCACCAUCAAUUCAAAGGGUCAAAUUGUUCUAAAGCGCAACACAGAUACAAUGUCAUACUCCUGUCUACAUGGUUGUGUUAAUGACUUGUUUCCACCCAUGUCCUCAGUGAGCAGCUUACGGAGGCUGACUAUGUGAGAAUAGCUUCUUGAUCUGCAUAUCGCAUGCUAAGAGAAAACACGUGUGAGUGGACUCACAAUGCGAACCUUUGUUGUAUUUUUUCUCUCCUUUUACUUUAUUUGCAUAAAGAGACGAGUUGGUAAUUACAUUUGGCUUAACCAAAGACAGCUUCACUGUAACUGUAUCUAUUGCUCAUGGAAGUUACUAGCAUGCAUCAAUAGUUGCUUUUUACUCA